ACCCAUUUCCUCACUGUUCGCACCAACUUCUAGCUAGUAAAGAAAGACUUAGCAGGGGAAGAAAGAAAGAAACUACAGAGAAGAAAUGGCUUCCACUUCUGCACUUUCAAUGGCUAUGCCGGUAACUUGUGCCAGCCACAAGAAGGUCGUUCCUACCUCUGAUGCCUUCUUCAAGCCACUGCCUCUACGGUCUUCAAAGGCACUGACAGCAUCAAAUCCCAAUGGAAGGUUUCAAGUGAGAGCCUCCAUGAAGGAGAAAGUUGUCACAGGGCUCACAGCAGCUGCAUUGACGGCUUCAAUGAUGGCUCCUGAUGUGGCUGAGGCUGCUGUCUCACCUUCUCUCAAGAACUUUUUGCUCAGCAUCGCCGCCGGUGGAGUUGUUGUUGUGGCCAUUAUUGGUGCUGUAAUUGGUGUUGCCAAUUUCGAUCCCGUCAAACGAAGCUGAUGAAGUUCUGAGGCACUGUGUUCUAUUUUUUUUUUUUUUAACUCUUAUAAUGAUAUGCAGCAUCUGUAAUGUAUUUUUCUUCAGAAAUGAAGUGAACCCUCUGUUGUGUAAUA